CUUCACUAAAUACCCCCUCUCUAAGGGAUCCCCAAGAUAGACUACUACAAUUCCAAGAUGGCGCCCUGGCUCCCACGCAUGCACGUCUUUGAGAUCCACGACCAGCCCUGGUUCCAUCCUUGGUUCCGAGCCAAGGUUCAGGCUGCUCUCACGGAGACCUGGCUCAUGAGCCUCCGCCCCCUCCAGCCCGAAUCCCCCGCCUCCAUCGUCGCCAGGGUCCUCGCAGACGACCUGGGUGACAAGGUGGGGGAGUUCGUCUUCGUGGACUACUGCGCAGGCGGAGGGGGCCCGACGCCCUGGAUUGAGAAGUACAUCAACAACGAGCGGGCGACGACGAAACCCCUCCUCGCCGGCGCGGCUGCUGCUGGUUCUGUCCAGUUCGUCCUCACAGACCUCCACCCCCACAUCCACAACUGGGCCCUCUCCGCCGCCGCCUCGCCCAACAUCCACUACGCCCCCAACCCAGUCGACGCCUCCGCCUCGCCCCCAAACCUCCUCACCACCAUCGAGCCCCCGCUCCCCUCCCCCUCGUCCCCGCUGCAGCCGAGACAAAAGACCAAGUCCUUCCGCACCUUCCACCUGGCCUUCCACCACUUCCCCGACCCCCUGGCCCGCGCCAUCCUGCGCGACACCCUCCAGACCUCCUCGGGCCUCGCCAUCUUCGAGCUCCAGGACCGCACCCUCCGCUCCUUCUUGUCCGUCCUCCUCCUGGGCCUCGGCGUCCUGGCCUUUGCCCCCGUCUUCGCCUGGCGCUGGCGGAGCCCCGGCACCCUGUUCUGGAGCUGGGUCGUGCCUGUGCUCCCGUUCGUCCUGGUCUGGGACGGCUGGAUGUCGUCGGUGCGGACGCGCACCCUGGAGGAGGUGGAGGAGCUGAUGCGGUCCUGUGGGGCAGACGGGGAUGGGGAGCUGGGCGCCUGGCGUGUGAGGAGCGGGAGGAUCACGCAUUUGCCGCCGUGGGCGGAUCUGAACUGGAUCAUUGCCACCAAGGAGGGGGAGGGGGAGGUAGUGUAAAAGGUUUGAUCAUGGGUCAAAACACUUGCAUCAGGCGAGAUCGUUUCUUGGUCUCUUCUACAAAAAUAAAAAAAAAAGGAUCCCGGGGGGGGGGGGGGGGGUUGGUACAAGUGAAUAGAUAGAUGAAUACCAGGCACGUAAUGGAGGAGAUGGCACGCAUACGUGUCUGAUUGUUG